AUGGCCACCGACGGUGGUCCCCUCGCGGCCUCGUCUGCGUCUCUCGAUUCAAGUCUAAGCCCUCUUCAUGCAUCUCCCUCACCCUCCUCAACCUACACUGCUUCGUCCCUCGCCCUAUCUGCUCCCGCCAUAGCCGCAAGCUUUUCCGUGGCUUCGACCUUUUCAAAUUCUCUUAUCCCACCCCCACCGUUACCCCCUCCUACGCCUUCAACCAUGGCGGGGUGGUUCGGAUGGGUGUUUUCUUUCUUUUUCCAGGUCAUUCCAAGCGUCCUAUACUGGGUGAUAACGUUUGCGACCAUCACGCUGCCCACAUGGCUAUUCACGCUCUUCUCAAUGAGCUUGACCUUCACUAUGAAUUUCACCACUCUUCGUCUGCCUUCGGAACCCCAGCGCAAAGAACCCCAUCUCGAUCUCUUCCCCGAUGUCCAGGAAGGGGACUCCAAACCGGGCCUGGCCAAUUACCUAGACGAAUUUCUAAGCGCCAUCAAGGUGUUUGGUUACCUCGAACGGCCUGUAUUUCAUGAAUUGACACGUACCAUGCAAACGAGGAAGUUGAUUGCUGGGGAAACCUUGAUGCUGGAGGAAGAGAAAGGCUUCUGUCUUGUGGUGGAUGGCUUGGUCCAGAUAUUCGUCAAGUCCAUGCGGGACGGGAAACCAAAUGUAGACGAAGGUUCAAACCACAUGGGAGCCGAGUCUUCUGAUGAGGACGAUCAUCGUGUGGACGGAAAGCAAGGUUAUCAACUGCUCACAGAAGUCAAGAACGGUGCCUCCAUGUCGUCCUUGUUCUCCAUCCUGUCCUUGUUCACCGAGGAUAUCCAACUACGAGCCAGCGAAGGCUCGUCGUCUAGUGCAUCCAGUGUAGGCCCUAGCACCAAUGCUCGGGUAUCUGACUCGUUUCCAGCGAGCCCUCACGGCUUAGAGGACAGUCCUCGUUCUAAUUUCGUUAGAGAUCAUGGUGACUCCGUCGCCCAUAUAAGCAACAGUAAUGGGGAGCUUCUGCCAUCCGUCCCGCCCCUAAACCUAGGAGAAAGCCAUGCUAUGCCCAUCCAGGAGCCUUACCCGAAACCAAGGAGCCAGCCAGGCAAGAGGCGGCGCAAGUCAGUCCAUCCAGAUAUUGUGGCUCGAGCCAUGGUGGACACGACCAUUGCCAUCAUCCCGGCCAGCGCCUUCCGCCGUCUGACGAGGGUCUAUCCGAGAGCGACCGCCCAUAUUGUCCAGGUGAUCCUGACACGGCUCCAAAGAGUAACGUUCGCCACGGCACAUUCUUAUCUAGGUCUCAACAAUGAUGUACUGGGCAUUGAAAAACAGAUGACCAAGUUCACGACUCAGGAUCUACCCAAUGAAAUGCGUGGGGCCGCGUUAGAUCGCCUCAAGGACAAAUUUAUUAAAGAGCGAGACCGCCUGGGCCCGGAAGAGAUCAUCAAGGGCAUCGCACUUCACAAUCCUUUUGCUGGCAGAAGGCGCCGAUCCAGUAGCUUCCUGAGGAAAGAAGCAGUUCUCCAUGCAAAGAUGGCAGCACAAUCGAAGCGACCAGUGAGCAUGGCCAGCCCAGAGGAUAUCUCCGGUGACCGUGAGUCGGCAGGGCCUAGCCCCGGGGAUCUGUUGUCUACCAUUCAACUCUCCCGGUUUGGCCCUCGAUACGAGCACUUAGCUCCGAAACUGCUCAGCCCAUUAACAGAUAAAGAGAAUCCCCCCUUUAUGGCUCCUGUUAUGCACAGUUCGCCUUUUCAUCGAAAGAAGGACGCUGUUGACGAGGAUGCCCUGUUCAGAGAAUCCAUACUGGAUUGCAUCAUGAAUGGCAUUGGACUCACUAGCAGCACUCGCGAUGUCUUACGUAAGAGCAGUCACACCUCUGGGGACAUAUCCCCAAAGCUACUUUCAUACGAUUCUCGGCGGCAAAAGGCCGUGUUCACUAAUAAUGCAUUCGGCUUCAUCGACCCUUACGAUAGUUCUGCGGAUGGUGAGACGGAAUCAAUGAUGUCAAUGUCCAUGACCAGCGCUGGUGGGACAUCGCCUAUCGUCAAUCUGCGAGAAGAGCUUCGAAAUGACAUCGAGAUCGUCUAUUUCCCCCAGGGUUCAGUGCUGGUGGAGCAGGGGGAACGCCAUCCAGGCCUGUACUAUGUGAUCGACGGAUUCCUAGACGUAGGUAUCCCUGUAUCCGACAAAGGAGAAGAUCUUGUGGGCGGCUCGAGACCGGUAUAUGGCCAGCCACCUGAGGAAUUCUUUCCGACCUUGAAGCGGACGACGACCAGCUCCUCUCGAGUUUCGGGUGUGACGAGUGCCACAAAUGAUACUAAGCGGAAAAGGCAGUCGCGAAAGUCACUCUAUCUUAUCAAGCCUGGUGGUAUUCAAGGAUACGUCGGAUCCGUUGCAUCUUACAGGUCCUAUACGGACGUGGUGGCGAAAACAGAUGUGUAUGUCGGGUUCCUUCCAAGGUCAUCCUUGGAAAGAAUCGCCGAGCGUUACCCUAUUGCGCUGUUAACCCUGGCAAAGCGAUUGACAAGUCUUCUUCCUCGUUUGCUUCUUCACAUCGACUUCGCCCUAGAAUGGGUGCAAGUAAGUGCAGGCCAAGUCAUCUAUCACCAGGGGGAUGAGAGUGAUGCAAUCUAUCUUGUUUUAAAUGGGCGUCUACGGUCUGUUCUCGAAGGUACAGAUGGCAAGAUUACAGUUGUUGGCGAAUAUGGUCAGGGAGAAAGCGUUGGGGAGCUAGAGGUCAUGACAGAGUCGACACGCCCGGCAACUCUACACGCCAUUCGGGAUACUGAGCUAGCUAAAUUCCCGCGGUCCCUUUUCAACAGUCUUGCCCAGGAACACCCGGGAAUUACUAUCCAGGUUUCUAAGCUCAUUGCCCAGCGGAUGCGAGAUCUCGUCGAGCUUCCCAUGCCUGAGAAGGGAGGUGAGCAUGCCAACGUUGGAAGCGUCAAGACCGCUGCCUCUGUGGUAAACCUCCGUACUGUUGGUAUACUUCCCGUAACGGCUGGGGUUCCCGUGGUAGAAUUUGGCCACCGCCUGCAGAACGCGCUUCACCAGAUCGGCGUGACGAACGGCGUUACCUCCCUCAACCAAGCGGCGAUCUUGAACCAUCUCGGACGACAUGCUUUCAGCAAGAUGGGGAAAUUGAAGUUGUCCCAGUAUCUGGCCGACCUCGAAGAAAAGUAUGGGAUGGUACUCUAUAUCGCAGACACCAAUGUGAACUCUCCAUGGACACAGACCUGCAUCACGCAAGCCGACUGCAUUCUGCUCGUUGGCCUUGCCGAGUCAUCGCCUAGUAUCGGUGAGUACGAAAGAUUUCUACUUGGGAUGAAGACAACGGCUAGAAAAGAACUUGUGUUGCUACAUUCCGAGCGGUACUGCCCUCCCGGACUGACGCGCCAAUGGCUAAAGAACCGGAUGUGGAUCAACGGUGGCCACCAUCAUAUUCAGAUGGGCUUCCGCUUAACCCCUGAGCCCUCACAUCCGCAGGCGAAACGGCUUGGAGCUGUACUGAAACAACGUGUUCAAGUUAUCCAGGCAGAAAUCCAAAAAUACACCUCGCGGCGGAUUCGCCAGACGCCUCUCUACUCGGCACAAACUCCGUUCAAGGGCGACUUCCAUCGCCUGGCUCGCCGACUUUGUGGCAGGUCUGUUGGACUCGUUCUUGGUGGCGGAGGAGCUCGGGGUAUCGCCCAAGUUGGCGUCAUCAAAGCACUGGAAGAGGCCGGGAUCCCUAUCGACAUCAUUGGUGGUACAUCUAUCGGCUCAUUCAUUGGAGCUUUGUAUGCACGGGAUGCGGAUGUGGUUCCCAUGUAUGGUCGAGCGAAGAAGUUUGCCGGUCGCAUGGCGAGCAUGUGGCGGUUUAUGCUGGAUCUAACGUAUCCUACCACCUCUUACACCACUGGCCAUGAGUUCAACCGGGGAAUCUUCAAGACGUUUGGAGAUAGCCAAAUCGAGGACUUUUGGCUGGAGUACUACUGCAACACCACCAACAUCAGCAAAUCACGGCCUGAAUUCCACUCGUCGGGUUAUACUUGGCGCUACGUGCGUGCAUCGAUGUCAUUGGCCGGCCUAAUUCCCCCGAUUUGCGACGAGGGCAGCAUGCUACUUGACGGCGGGUACAUCGACAACCUUACAGUGACCCACAUGAAGGGACUCGGGGCCGAUGUGAUUUUUGCCGUCGAUGUGGGCUCAAUCGAUGACAACACGCCUCAAGGGUACGGUGAUUCGCUGUCCGGGUUCUGGACCGUGCUCAACCGUUGGAACCCGUUCUCCGCUUGCCCCAACCCUCCCACGCUGUCCGAAAUCCAAGCACGACUCGCAUACGUGUCAUCGAUCGACAAUCUAGAACGGGCUAAAAACACCCCAGGCUGUCCCUGGAACACUAUGGUCGACCAGAACAAUGGGGGGGAAUUCGUCGACCGCGGGCACCAGCAAAUUGACAAUCUCGGAUAUCCACCUUAA